AUGGAGGAUUUCCCGAAUGCCUAUGUGUAUUGUCAACAACUCAAGGAAUUGUUCGAUCAACUCAAGAACGUAGGUGCACCGGUGUCGAACAAUUGUCUUGUUCUUCAAAUGGUGGUCGACCUCACUAAGGCUUAUAAUGGGGCUACUGUGAAUCUUAAGAAGUUGGUCUCCCGAAGAAGGUUGCAACCAGCGGGGUUGUCGCCAUGGUGGCUCACAACACUGAUGACUCACUUCCUCUCCAAAAAUUCUCAUCAAAAUCAGAAUACUCAUGGUGGUAAAAAGGGUCAAAACCACAACAACAGUGGCAAAAAAAAUGGUGGCAAUCACGGUGGCAUCAAGAGUAGUGGUGGUGGUGGCUGCAAUGGCUGCCACAAUAGUGGCUGGCAGCAGCAGUCUGGCCAGCAACAAUUGGGGCACCAACAGUGGCCUACCGAACAAUGGCAGUGGCCAUGGAUGCCUUGGGCUCUUCCACCUUGCCUAUACCCCUCAUCCAACGCCCCACCCCCUCCUUACAUUGGGCUAGGCCCAAUUUUCAGCAAGCCCAAUAGCACUAAACAAGCAUCCUUGGGCCAAAACCACCACAGGCACACAGCGACAGUAGCUCCACCCACUCCGACAAACAUUGAAGCAAUGAUGCACACUUUUGGGCUUAAUCCUUUGGAUGCUAAUUGGUACAUGGACAUUGGUGCCACCUCCCGCAUGACACUCGAGCAAGGAAAUCUCUCGUCUUAUUUUAAUUUGAGCAAUACUCGUGGUCUAAUUGUCGCUAAUGGUCAUUCAAUUGCAAUUCGUGGUUAUGGUCACACCAAUUUGUCUCCCACGAAUCCAUCCUCCACCUUGAAAAAUGAUUUCCAGACGAGGAUACGUCUCAUGAGAUGUGAGAGUCGGGGUGACCUUUAUCCCAUUACCACCAAUCAAGCCACUUCACCAUCUACUUUUUCCGCUUUAGCACCAUCAUUAUGGCAUGCUCGAAAAUAUGAUGGUGUUUUUGAGAAGCACAAGGCCUGUCUUGUAGGGGAUGACAAAACACAACAGGUUGGCGUGGAUGGUGGUGAGACUUUUAGCCCGGUAGUCAAAUUGGCAACUAUUCGCAUUGUUCUCAGCUUAGCCAUCUCUAAAGCAUGGUCCAUUCACCAACUUGACGUGAAGAAUGUUUUCUUGUAUUGA